AUGUCCGACAAGAAUGCUAAUUCUGCCUCGGAUAUGUCCGAGCAGGAACGGAAGGAGGCCUUCAACAGAAUGCUAGAGGAAUAUGAGAUUUCCUCCAAGAUGAAGUGGCACGAAGUUGAGAAAAUCAUUAAAGACGAUUGGCGCUUUGGACUGUGCAGAAACAACGGUAUUGAGCUCGGUAUCAUUUAUGCUGAACGAAAGCAGUUCCUUUCCGAGUAUCAGAGCCGACGCGUUAAGUUUGAACAGACUGAGGGUCGUCAUCGAGAAAUGGCCGCGAAGAAAGAGUUCAGAGAGCAAUUGGAGCAGUGGCUGAACGCACAGAAGGAGGAAGAGGCGGAGGCUCAGAAGAAGGAGGCCGAAGUCGUGAACACCGAAGUCCCUUCUAUCAUUGAUGUGGCGAAGAAACCAGAGGAGGACUCGUCAGCUGCUUUGAUGGAAGAUGGCAGUCCUCUUACUUUCGAGAACGUCACGUUCCGAGAUCUGGCCUAUGCUUGGCGCAAGAAGGACUUCUGGAAGUUUGCUCAUGAAGAUGAUCUCGAUCAUAUAUUCCAAGACUUCAUGGACGAGAACGAGAAUAAGAUGCGAGACAUCAGCAGACGUGAUAGAAUUCGGAAGAUGGACAAGCUCUUCCUCGUGUACUCUAAGCAUCCUCAGGUCAAUAGACUAACCAAGUGGAAUGAUGUCUGCCACUUCAUGGCUGAGAAAUUUCCGGAGGAGUUCCGCAGUGUAGAGCCGCUGGAUAGACUGGCCGUCUGGGAGCGAUGGAUCAAGGAGGCCGAUGAGAAGUUCAAGGUCGAGAGGGAGAAGGCAAAGCGUCGGGCUGAACGCAAGCAUAGGGAUAAGUUCAGGGAGAUGCUGGUCCACGACUACAUGGAGCAAAUACACAAUGGUGUGUCAUGGUUCGAUCUCCAUAAGGAUAUUAAGGAUCGUGAGGCUUACAUUGAUCUUAUCGGCAGUCGGAACUCGAGCCAGCCCUAUGAUAUCUUCAACGACAUAUGCAAAGAAGUCCGUCGGGAGGCUCGGCAGAAGCGAGCACAGUUGGAUUAUCAAUCUGGGCACAUCUGGGACUUUGAUUAUUUAACCCAAGAUGCAGAGGUUAACCACGCUGUGGAAAUCGCUGGAUGGGGACAGGAAGCUGAUGGUACUCCAUACUGGGUCGCCCGGUUCUCUUAUGGUUCGGCGUGGGGUGAUCAUGGUUGGGCUAAGUUACAGCGCUCCCCGACUGGCCUCAUAGAGAACAGUGGAUGUGUCUGGGCGACGGUGAACCCGGCUGCUUGGAAGGACUGGUCACUGUACCCUGAUACUAAGUAUGUCCCUCCCGCUACGGCACCGAUAGGAAAGCAAGAAUAUGUGGACUCCAUCAACACUGUAAACGGUCCUACUCCCAUAGCUGGAAAGGCGCAAGAGCAACAAGUCGUUAAGGACCCGAAACCACAGGACAUGGAUUAUUAUGCUGGCAGCUCCAACCGCGCUGGUGGCUACAAGGUCCCGCUCAUCGAGAAUAGAUGUUCAACCUACUCAAUGGUGUGCAGUAUGGACCCCACAUGUCAGUGCGACCCGGGUUAUUAUAAAACUUACGACGCCCGUUCUGAGGACAAUGGGAAGUGUUAUCUAUGUGUUCCUCGAGUCGCUGGAAAACAAAUCCCGGAUGACGGGGAGAAGCUCCCAGAAUCUUGGGAUUGGCGUAAUGUGAACGGCAAGAACUACAUCACUUUCAACCGUAACCAGCAUAAUCCUGAAUACUGUGGUGGCUGUUGGGCGUUCGCUGUGACCUCUGCCUUUGCCGACCGCUUGUCCAUCGGAGCGGGGGCUCGCUGGCCGAAUAAAGCUAUUUCACCACAGCAGGUCAUCAACUGUCGUGGUGGCGGAGACUGCUAUGGUGGUGAGAAGAUCGGCGUUUACGAUUUCUUCUUCGGUUUUGGAGCGGUGCAUGAUACUUGUCAUAAUUACGCUGCUAAGAACUAUAAAGAUUUCAGCGAGUGGUGCCCGGCCCAGGCUAGGUGCCUGGAAUGCGCUGAGGGCGGUAAAUGCCGUCCAACCCGACACUACCGAACCUGGUUCGCCACGGAUUAUGCGAGGCUAUUGAACGGCACUGAUCAGAUCAAGCGUGAGAUAUGGAAAAGAGGUCCUGUUAGUUGUGGUGUUGAUGCCACGAAGCAAAUGGACGAUUACACUGGUGGGGUGUUCUAUCAGAACAAGGCUGAACCAAAGAUCAAUCACGAGGUCGGUCUUGUCGGUUGGGGUCGCGAGGAAGGGACGAACGACGAAUACUGGAUCAUGCGGAACUCUUGGGGUACCUUCUGGGGCGAAAACGGUUUCAUGCGGAUCAAGUUCGGCAACCUCAAAAUUGAUUCGGACUGCAGUUGGGUUGAGCCGAGCAAAGAUAUCGCGGGCAAAAUCGUCCCAAACGCGCCCUUCACGAUAGGGGAUGCGUCAACAGGUUGGACGGCGGCUACAUAUUUUGAGGACGAUUAUUGGAAGAACGCGCCUGACUAUCAUGCAGUCCCUGAGAAUCUCGACCAAUCUGUUGUCACCGUUUGACGUGACGUUCUCAACUUUCAUUAUGAAAAGCCCUCAUAGGGCGACAGUUCUGAACAUAUUAUAGUGCAAUAUUACAUUGCUAAUUAGUUGUGGAUUUUUGAUUGUGUCGAUCGUGACGCAUGUCGAUGCGUCUGGUCGGCCAAACUUCGUCGUCAGACGGGACUAUAAUCCCGGUGAUCUCUGAAACAGUCUCUUGGUGUCGUAGUAUUAUUAGUAGUGCUAGCCAGUCUAGCCAUUGUAGUAUCUGGUACUGCGUCA